CCCAGCCCUCACUGAACUACGCGUGCUUCACUCUCUCUCUCUUUCUCUCUCUCUCACACACACACACAUGGACGCCGAGCAUCCGCCGCCGGACCCCCAAAUCUCCGUUCCCUCACCUCCGCCCGCCGCCGCCACCACCACGACCGCCGCCCCCUCUCCAGAAGCGCCUCCAAUCGACCACGCAUCCACCGCCUCAAUCGCGGCCGCCUCUAACCCCCCGAAACGGCAGCGCCGCCCCAGCGUCCGCCUCGGCGAGAUCGGAGGCGACCCGCCCUACGAUGCUCAACAGAGGCGCCCCAAUCGGACAUGGCGCUUCCACAAGGACCCCUCGCAGGCGGCGAAAACCUCCAAAACGCGUCCAAUUACCAACCUCGUCAACGGCGCGACCGAUUCCAAUUUCCCCGAUUCCGAAAACUACGCCGAUUCGAGCCACCGCAAGUCGAAAAUCCGAAGGCCUGCGAAACGCGCGCGAACUAAUUGGAAUCGAUUUGAUUCCAGCGCCGCCCCCAACGGGAAUGCCGGAGGAAUUGAGAGCUCGAAUUUCCUGCAACAGGAAAAUGAAAAUAACGCCGAACAAAUCCGCGAAUUGGAGGCCGAGGAUUCCGAGACUCCAUUGCUGAGAGACCAGCAGAGUCCGAUCAAUUCCGCAGAGAACAUGGGAUUACAGUAUUGGGAUGAGCAGCGAAGGGGGAACGGCGUGCAUCACAACGAAAUUAACUCUCCGGAGAAGGAUACUGAAGAGAAUUACGGUGUUAGGGAAUGGUUAAUUGGAUUAGGGUUGGGGAGAUACGUUCCUGUGUUUGAGAUACACGAGGUGGACGAAGAGGUCCUGCCAUUGUUAACUUUGGAGGAUCUCAAGGAUAUGGGAAUCAAUGCCGUAGGUUCUCGAAGGAAAAUGUACUCCGCCAUUCUCAAGCUAAAGAAAGACAUUGGUUCGAAAUUGUGGCAUCAAUAGGUGAAUCAUCACACACAUGACUCGUAAAAUGCACGGAUCUAUGUGUGUGAUGCCCCGGCACCAUCCAAGUUCCCGGUAUGUUUUAAUUGUUUGUGUUCUCGGGAUUAUAUUGUAAACCAUAUUGGCUUCAUUGUAUCUAUUCUUAAAUGAGAAUCUGCAGGUAUGGGAAGCGCGGCUGGCGACAGAAUAUAACGAGGUUAGUACAUUUUAUGAAUGUUCAUGCAUCGAUUGCCUUUCUCUUUUUCUUUUCGAGUUGAUUGAUUGUCUGAAUUUUAUCGAAGUCUGGUGCCUCUAAAGAUUGUAUUUUGAAGUUUUAAGAUCGGAUUAGAUAUGAUGUUUUGUGAAAAGAAAAAAUACAUAUAUAAUUGUAUCUUUAGAGUAGCGUGAUUUGAUUAAAUUAGCACAUUAACAUGAAGCAGUUAAUAUUUCAUCGCAAACUAGACGACAUAUGACCAAAUUAAUAUACAAAUUUGAAUCAUUUUACAUUUUAUAAUAAGACAGACAAUUAUUGUAUUAAUAUUUUCUGUG